GUUUCCGGUCAGAAGUGCGGAACAAAGAUCUUUUAAAAUUGAUAAAUAAAGAUUUUAAUUUUGCAGUUAUCAAGAAAAUCUAAGCAAAAUCCCUGUCUCUUUUCUGAAGUGCAAUUCCAGCGUGCAAUUUGAGUGAACAAACAACAAUGGGGUCUAACGUAUUAACAUCCCUGAUACAGGACGCUAUCUUAAAACUUUGCACACAGCAUGUUACAUUUGAUGCGUCUCUGGAAAUAGAUGGAAUAAUAUGUAUUACACCUGGACAGGAUGCCAAAGAAAUAGUCGUGAAAAUGCACAGAACAAUUAUGAAGCCUGUAACACAGCCAGACCAGUAUGCUCCUGAAAUGGAUACUAAUCCCAGUACACCUUCAUCAACAUCAUCAGCGACACCUCAUAAACGUCAAAGAAAUAGACAGGGUCGGGAUAUUGAUCCAAAUGCAUACCCCCAAAACGUAACAUCUAAUGUAUCGUUUGAUGAAAUGCCAAAGCCCAGUAUUUAUGAUGAAGACUCGGGGGGUGGGGGCUAUUACAAUUCGGAGCAGCAACAACAAUAUGCGACGCCUGAUUCUACACCAAGUAAAUCAAGAAAAAGGCGCGCUGCUCCAGCCCCAGAAGCUAGCACGGAGGAGAAAUAUAUCAAAGUAGAACCUGGAGAAAGUGAAAUUUUAGUCGAAGAACCAACAAGCGUGACACCAGGAAACAGUAAUGACGGAUACACAGACCCGAAUCAAGGAAUGGGAAACUGGAAUCUUGGGAACUCUGCAGCUUAUGUACAAGGGAAAUCCCCCAAUGAGGAGCCAGAUUCUAUAUGUGAACGCUGCCACCAUGUAUUUCCCACAUCACGCUGCAUGGAGUACCACACCUCGGUUGUUCACAAUGGAUUCUGUGAUGUUUGCAACAAGCGUAUUGAUGGGGAGCCAAACCCUGAAAACCAUGGAUUGAAACAUACAGGAUUAAGACCAUUUCAAUGUGAUUUGUGUUUCAAGUUGUUUCAGACAGAUAGUGGGCUCAAACGUCACAAAUCAAAGGAGAUAAGAUGUCACAUUUGUAAUAAUUUUGUGUCGGUGCAAAAUAAAUCAGCACACAUGAAGAAACAUGCCUCCCAAGGGCAAUUUUAGAUACUGACAUUUUAGUUGAAAGAAAUGCUAUAGAUUUUCUCAUGAAAAGAGGUUUAUAGAGGACAUGCUUGAUUAUAUAUUUUAGAAAGAUAUUCAAAAAGUCUGUAAAAAUUGUGGCUGAGUUUUCUCAUUAUAAUUUUUAAGCCUUUCAUUUUAAACCACAGGGAUGUGUAUUAUAUGUG